CUUGGCGGCCAUGUUGGAUUUUAUUGAAGUUCUAUAAACCUAAGUUAUAAUCGUUAUUUCUUGAACAAUGGCCUUUCGUGGACCGCAGCAACAGAGACUAGGAGUACCACCAAUGUCUUCUAURGCACCUCCAGGUGGUGUUUCGUCAAGAUUACCAUCAUUAAGCUCAAUUCCGCCUCCUCCAGUUCCGCCAUCGUUCCCUGGGUUAGGGUUCGGGGUUCCACCACCUUUACCAACACAAGGAGCAGGCGUUUUACCCCCUCCAAUGCCCCCUCCUGGUCUUCCUGGAAUCCCYCCAGUUGGGCUGGUACCAACACCACAGACAAUGGCAGCAGGAACUGCUUCUGGUGGACCAACAACUAUAUCUCGACCUCCUGUAACAAAAGCAAAUCUAUCAACUAGUGAUAAAAAUAAACCAGCAACUACUCCAUCCAAUCCAACAACAACAGUAUUCGUAGGGAAUAUCACAGACAGAGCAUCUGAUGCUAUGAUAAGACAGAUUUUAAUGAAAUGUGGAAUCGUAGUGAGUUGGAAAAGAGUUCAAGGAGCAAAUGGAAAGCUACAAGCAUUUGGAUUUUGUGAGUACUCUGAUCCAGAAGCCAGUUUACGAGCAAUUCGUCUUAUGCAUAAUCUUGAAGUUGGUGAAAAGAAUCUUGUGGUGAAAGUUGAUGCCAAAACUAAAGUUUUACUAGAUGAAUAUAAAGCAAGUAAAAAAGAGAAGAAGAAAAUUGGAAACGAUAAGAAAGAAGAUGGAGAAGCAGAUGACGAAGAAGACGAACUUGAUGAAGAAACAUUAGCAGAAGAUAGAAGAUGCAGAAAGUUACUCAAUGGUUUAUUAAACGACAAUGCUGAUGUCCUGAAUGGCAAAUUUAACACCAAUUAUACRGAGGUAAUACGACCGUCUCACAGUGGAAGAGAAGAAAACCUUGAUGGUCUUGACAUGGAUAAAGACAAGAAGUCCCUUGUCUCGAGGGAAAUUAAGAGCUUCAGAGAUUCAUAUCGAAAAGAGGACAGAAAGAGAGAAGAAGAGAAAGAAAARCGGGAAAAAGAAAYCCGAGAUCAAGAGUCAGACAAGAAYACAGACCGAAAACGUGAACGWAGCGAAGAACGUGAGAAAUCUCGUGAAACCGAUAGAGACCGUGACCGGGAUCGUAAUCGUGAACGUGACCGUGACAGAGAYCGUGACCGUGAYAGAGAUCGUGACAGAGAYCGUGAYCGUGACAGAGAUCGAGAGAGGACACGUGAUCGUGACCGUGACAGAAAUCGUGAAAAGAGCGARACAGAUCGUGAUCGUGAUCGAGAUAGCAUCAAAGAUGAUAAUGAUUCMUUUGAGAAGAGAAGACUGGAAAGAAAGAUUCGUGAAAGAGACUUGGCGUAUCAAGAGCGUUUGAAAGUCUGGGAGCAAAGAGAAAGAAAGAAAGCCAGGGAAUACGAACGAGAAUAUGAAAAAGAACAAGARAAGAAAGAUGAACAGGCAAAAGAACGAAAGCAUUUAUUAGAGUUCUUAGAGGACUACGAUGACGARAGAGAUGAUCCCAAGUACUUCAAGGGGAGCUCAUCUGCACGAAGAAGACGUGAACGAGAUAUGGAAAUAGAAUCAGAUGAAAGAGAUCGACAACGAGAACUCGAAGAAAUAGAAGAAAUUCGAAAACGACUACUAGACCAACAGCCUGAAGCAGAGCAAGAAAAUCAGGCAAUGGAAGAAGAACCAGAGGACGAUGCCUUUAAAGCGUCAUUACUACCAACAUUUAAACCUGCUUCAGUUAACGCUGCUGCUACUGUCAAUGUGGAAUCUGCUCCUGUGGUGCGGUCGCCAAGUCCUGAACCCGAGCAAGUUGCAGGACCUCCUCCUAAAAGAACACGAGAAAAUGGYGUCGAAUCAAGUGAGCCUCCCACGAAGAAAGCUUUUGGAUUUGAAAUGAAAUUAUCAUCGAAUUUACCGUCGGCAGCUACUAAUCAAGCCAAUAGAAAGAAACUAGAAUCCGUGUUUGGAUACCACGACGAAGAGACUGCAGAGACAAAUGCUGGCAAAAGAAGGCUUGUUCCACUCGACUACGAGGAGGAUUCAGAUGCUGCAGCCGCGCAGAGUGCUGAAGAUAAGAAGCGUAAUAUCAAAUCACUAAUUGAACGUAUCCCAACAGCAAAAGAUGAGCUCUUUGCUUAUAACCUGGAGUGGAGUAUCGUAGAUCAGAAUUUAGUAGAUCAUAGAAUACGACCCUGGAUCAAUAAGAAAAUUAUCGAGUACAUCGGCGAAGAGGAACCUACGCUGACAGAAUUCAUAUGUGGAAAGGUUCUUGCCGGUAGUACACCUAAAAGUAUUCUAGACGAUGUAUCCAUGGUUCUUGACGAGGAAGCAGAAGUGUUUGUUGUGAAAAUGUGGAGAUUGCUGAUCUACGAGACAGAAGCCAAAAAGAUUGGGUUGGUCAAGUAGACGUUAGCUUUACUAGAAUAGAUGUACAAUUACAUCGCAACAUAGGAAAAUAGUUCUGUUCUUUGCCCACAUAACUACAAUAAAAGCAAAUCCCCUAGUUCAUAGAAAGAAAUUUUGGAWAUUUGUAAGUGAACAAUUUUCCUAUGUUGUUGUAUGUUAUUCACCUUAAUAAAAGGGUGCUUGUUCAAUGAAUAGUUAUGGGUACUUAUCGAUCCCGAUWUYGGUACUUAUCGAUCCCGAUWUCGGUACUUAUYGAUCCWCGACAUCGUUACGUGUUGACCUUUGGUAUGGGAUUUUAUUCACCUAGCAACAUGUAAUCCCCGAUAUCGGUAUUUAUGGAUCCCCGGUAUCGGUGCAAAUGUACUUACCGUCUGACGAUAUGGGAGCUAAUUCACUAUCACUUAUCACAUAUUCUUUAGCAAGAUUGUUUAAUACAACAAUACUUCAUACAUGAACAGUGCUUGGUUUGAAUGAAACUGUGAUUUUUAUAGUGUCCAUUCAUUUUCUCACUUGAAGUGAUGUUUCAUCUAUAAUAAACUACUUUAAAACUA